AUGGCACAGAGUCAGCUUCCGCCCUUUGCCCAGGCCACGGCUGGCGCACUCGGCUCGAUCACCAGCAACACCUUGGUCUAUCCACUGGAUCUGCUCUCCACACGAUGCCAGACCCAAUCUCGCGGGCGAGAUGGCAAAGGAGGCUACCGCUCGAUCAGUGCGGCGCUGAAGGAGAUCGUGGACAAGAACGGCGUUCGAGGGCUCUACCAGGGUCUCGCUUCCGAUACACUCUCCAACACGCUCUCCAACUUUUUGUUCUUCUACUUUCGCUCCUUCUUCAUGGACUACAUCAAAGACCGCAAGAGGGCCAAGCUGCCACCACCGCCCGCGGGAGGCAAAGGCAAAGGCAAGGCGCCAUCCAUCGUCAUCACUGCAGCCGAGGAUCUUGCUAUUGGAGCGCUGGCAGGAAUUGUCUCUCGCUUCUUCACCACGCCGCUCUCCAACGUCACUGUUCGAAUGCAGACGUCCGCCACGCCCAAGGAAAAGACGAAGGAGCAGCAGGAGGCUCUCUCCAAGCGCAAGGAGACUGGUGGUGCCCAACCCAGCUCGGACAGCGAAUCGGACGACGAAGGGGGUUAUGCCGAGGCGGCGGGGAUCACGGAUGUGCUGCGCGAGAUCGUUGCCGAGAAAGGCUGGCUGGGUCUCUGGUCUGGCUUUGAAACGGCUGCAAUGCUGAGCAUCUCGCCUGCGCUGACGUUCUACUCGACCAACGCCAUCUCGACCAUGUUGAUACCCAAGGAGAAGCGCGAGAGGCCGUCUUCGCUGCAGACGUUCGUCACAUCGGCCAUCGGAAACAGUAUCUCGACCAUCAUUGUCUUCCCUUUGAUCCUCUGCAAGACACGACUGCAGUGGAGGAGCCCAACGGGUAGGAAGAUGUACAGGAACUUGCUGGAUGUGCUCCGGAAGACGGUGAGGAGGGGAGGACUGAAGGGACUGUAUCAAGGAUUGGACUCGCAGCUGAUCAAGGGGCUGUUUAGCUUCGGUACCACUAUGAUGGUCAAGGCACGCAUCGAGACGCUCUUUGUGCUGCUCUACCUGUCGAUUCGAAACCGUCGCCCUGCAUUGGCAUGA